CAAUUACAGGAAGUCACGUGGUUGAACAAUAUCGUUUCAAGGGCAAUUUUUCCGAAGUGUUUACAUUAGCUAACACGUGUAAUUACUAGCUACAGUGUAAUUUCUUAAAGAUAAUAUUAUAGCAAUUAGAUAUGGACGGAUUUGGUUCCGAUUUUUCAUCAGGUGCUGGGUCCGGUAAAAUGGAUACCGGCACAAUCAUGGAGCAAGUAAAGGUACAGAUUGCGGUGGCUAAUGCGCAAGAGCUCUUGCAGAGAAUGACAGACAAAUGUUUCAAGAAAUGCAUAGGCAAACCUGGAGGCACGUUGGACAACUCUGAACAGAAAUGCAUCGCUAUGUGCAUGGAUCGAUAUAUGGAUGCAUGGAAUACUGUGUCCCGUGCCUACAACUCCAGACUACAGAGGGAAAGAGCUCGUAUAUGAACAUUGUCCUAUUCUGCCAGCCACACCUUUGCAAAGCCAAAACAUAUGUCAGGGAAGGUGUUAGUGGCUGAGGCUGCAAGAGCGUAUGUGGCAUGAUGACACACAAACUUCUGUGAGAACACCUAACGGACAGGUUUGGAGACCCUGUGAAUGGCAGCAAUAAUGAUAGUGGACAUUUUCCUUUCACUAAAAGGAUAUUUUAACAAAUGGAUAUCUUCUAUUGUUUUUUAUUAUUAUUAUUAUUAAAAGUGUCAUGAAUUAAUAAUGUUAAAAAGGAAAUAUUAUCUGCAAUUAUAAUGUAAAACUCUCUGUAACUGUCCCCUAAAAGUUCAGUGUCAGGUACCUAUUCUUCAGUUGGCUACUGCCUGUGAGUGUGGGUGAAACACCAGUUCCCUGAUGGGAUUAGGCAAGGCUUCUUUUACGACCUUGCUAAACCUGGUUUCUUCCCUGUGGAAGAACUGAGGAACAAUUGUUUGUUUGUUUUCAUAAUUGUGAACCAGGCACUCGGACCAGCUAAACAAUCCUAUAUCAUAAUACGUGUCGAGAACAAAACAGUAUUGUCAGACUUGCGUUCCAGUUGUCACUAUCUGCCUUAGUGGAUCUGUUUAACAGGGUCUGCUGUGGUGCAGACUUUGUAUUGAACCUGUUUUGAACCUGGCUGGCUUUGUUUGUCAGAUUACUGGGAACAGCCCUCCUUCAUUCAUCCCUUUGAUUUGUGUAAGGAAGUAAAAAAUAAAUGGCCUGUGAGUGCUUAAAGAUGGGUGCCGCUGCUCAGAAGUGUGUUUGUGACUGACUGGAAUGGCCUUUUUCACUUGUGAGACGUAAAUAAAUACAUUCCGGUCAAG